AUGGCUCAAAAUUCAGACUGGAUGACGAGGGAUACAACACUCACUCCAAUAGUGCAUUAUGUUGCUCUUGACCCAAACAACACAAAUUCAGAAAACAUAGCCUCUCAUGACACAGAUGAGCUUGUAUUAGAAAAAACUUCUAAUCAGGAAAAGAAACAGAGCAGUAGACAGAAGCUACUUCCAGCACCAUUCCCUCAAAGGUUGGCAAAGCAAAAGAAAGAUGAUCUAUACAGGAAAUUAAUGGAAAUGCUCAGGCAGAUUCAAUUAAAUAUUCAGUUGAUGGAUGCUUUGAGGGAAGUGUCAGGUUACGCUAAAAUGAUGAAGGAUUUGAUGUCUCGAAAUGCGGCAGUAACAAGACCUAUGGCUCAAAAGUUGUCUGAUCCAGGUAGUUUCACUAUCCCGUGCAUAAUUGGAAUUUAUGUUUUUGCUAAAGCAUUGUGUGACUUGGGGGACAAUAUUAACUUGAUGCCUUUGGAAAUCUACAAAAAGUUAGGCAUUGGUAGAGCUAGACCAACAUCAAUGUUGUUGCAACUAGCUGAUCGCAUAGUAAAAAUACCAACAGGAAUUCUGGAUGAUGUGCUCGUCCAAGUGGGGAAGUUUGUAUUUCUUGCUGAUUUUGUUAUUCUUGACUGCCAGAUUGACGAAACAAUACCUAUAAUUUUAGGAAGGCCAUUUUUAGCUACUAGGAGAGCAUUGAUUGAUUGUGAGACUGGAGAGUUAGCAUUUGAGGAUCUGAAGAAGAGAUUAGUGACUACACCAAUCAUCGUUGCACCCGACUGGGAGCAGCCGUUUGAGCUCAUGUGA